AUGGAAAUGGUGGAUUGGCACUUGAGCCGAAACAAGGUGUUGUUAUAUAGCUGUGCCCUUUUCAUUACAGUUACAAUAGGUCUUCAUUUGACUCUAUAUUUCCAAACAUUCUUCGUUAUCAUCAAUUCGUCAUCAUCAUCAUUGCCUGCAUCACCUGUUGUAGAUUCUAUAAAUCAUGAUUCUUGUGUCACUUGGCUUCAUGAUAUUGCAUUUAAGAAUAAAGAUUCAAACUUUAGUUAUGAUGAUUCUGAGGCGUGGAAGUGGGUAGAUUCUAAUAGCCACGUAGUAGACUGUAUGUAUAAGAAGUUGAGUAAAUCUGAAGCGUCUGAUUUACUAAAGGGCUUGUGGAUUGUUGUGAUUGGUGAUUCACAGACAAGAUAUACUAUGGAUGCGUUUUUGGAACUGUUAAUGGGACCAGAGGAGAUUGAAAGGGUUAGAGGGGAUUUUAAGAGGCAUAGUGAGUACCAUAUUACUCUUGAUGCUAUUGGGUUAAAUAUGGAUUUUAUCUGGGCACCUUAUGUCAGAAACUUGACAGAUUGGUUGGUUCAAUCUAAGAAGAAGAGGUACUUGCCAGAUAUUAUCAUAAUGGGUGCAGGCACAUGGGAUAUAAUUUAUGUGAAUAACAUCACAGAUUUUGUUGUCUCAGUUAAGAUGUUGAAUGAUUCUGUGAUGCCAUUGUUAGCUGUUACUCCCGAAUCUGAAUUCAGGGAUAAGCCAGUAGAGAUAUGGGCACCUCAUAUGUUUUGGACAGGGAUGCCAACAUAUGUACACUCAAUGUUAAAUACAAAGGUAAAGAGGGAGGCGCUGACUAAUGAAAAAUGUAAAGCUUAUCUAAUACAUGAACGUAAGCUCUUGCGCAAUUUUGGUGGACCACUUUUCUGGUUGGAUUACCACUCAUUGACUGGUAAAUGUGGAUCAUCAUGUACUGUUGAUGGGAUGCAUUUCAAGGUUGUGUACCAAGCUGCAGUACAAAUCAUGUUGAAUGUAAUACUUCUCGAGUCCCAGCAGAGGUUGGCAUGA